AUGUCCUAUCAGGAUCUGCUCAGCGCUCGCCUGAAGGAGCUCGCCGCUGGGGGCUAUAUGUCGGCCACUGAAGUAGCUGGAGCAAGAGACCUUUUCAUUAGGCAUCACCAGGGGGCCCCUGCGCCUGUGGAAUGGUGUAGGGUGCAAGCUCUAUCGGACUCUGGCUACCGUGCAUACGAUACCCUCCCCGAGUUGGAUGGGCCGUCGCUGACAAAGGCAAUGCAAAAGGUCGCUGUCCUCAAGCUUAACGGAGGCCUGGGGACAUCGAUGGGAUGCACGGGCCCCAAGACCCUUAUUCCCGUAAAGAACCAGAUGUCCUUCUUGGAGAUCAUUGUAAGGCAGGUCUCUUCCAUUAAUACAAAAUAUGGAAUUAGCAUGCCUCUGCUCUUGAUGAACUCUUUCAACACAGAAAAGGAUACAAAGGCUGCUCUCGCUCAGAUUCACCUAGACAAGCCCGUGGACAUCACAUGCUUCAACCAGGCGCAUUUUCCACGCCUAGAUGCCGAGACCCUUCUACCAUGCACCCACAUCACCCCCGACAAUCAGGCGUACUGGUAUCCGCCGGGGCACGGAGACGUUCUCAGGUCCUUGAUCAGUGAGAGCCUUGUCGAUAAGCUUAUUGCUAGAGGAGUAGAGUGGAUCUUUAUCAGCAGUGGAGACAACCUUGGUGCUGUGGUGGAUCCGCGAAUUGUAGGGUACCUGGCAACUCUUAAGGGAGUCGACUUUGUUUCCGAACAAACAGCCAAGACGAUCCGUGACGUUAAGGGUGGUGUUCUGAUCAACUAUGAUGGGACGACACGCCUUCUAGAAACUGCGCAGGUCCCUCAGGAACACAUGGGCGAGUUUUGUGACAUUACGAAGUUUAAGUCAUUUAAUGUUAACAGCAUCUGGGUCCGCUUAGAAGCACUAAAGAGGCUUGCGGACGCUGGAACUCCAAUCGACCUAGACAUCAUUGUCAAUCCUAAAGUAGUUGAGGGAAAGCGUGUCAUCCAGCUUGAGCAAGCUGUUGGUGCAGGAAUCACAUUUUUCAAGUCUGAAGGGUUGCUUGUCAGCCGUGAUCGCUUCAUCCCCGUGAAAAAGACCUGCGAUCUGCUGACUGUUCAAUCCGACGUGUACGACCUUGAUUCCGAGUAUGUUCUUCGAGCUUGUUGUUCGAUUCCGACUGUUGAGCUGUGCGCCCCGCUCGAAAAGAUGGAUGCAUACUGCGCCGCUUUUCAGUGUCUCCCUUCACUUCGCGGCGCUGAUACAGUGAAGAUUCUUAGCCAAUGCACUAUCGGACCGAAUGUAGAGUUUCGAGGGACGUGCACUAUUGAUAACACAAGUCAUCUAGAGAAUUGCACUCUGGGACAGUGA